GCGCCUGCGCAGUGGGCACCGGGCUGGACGAAGCGCAGGUUGUGUCCGCGCGAGAAUGGCCACCACGGAGGACAUGCGGAACCUCCGGGAAGAAUUCAAGAUGCAGAAUAAAUCUGUCUUUAUUCUGGGUGCCUCAGGAGAAACUGGCAGAGUGCUCUUGAAAGAAAUCUUGAACUGGCAGUUAUUUUCUAAGGUCACCCUCAUUGGACGGAGAGUACUGAACUUUGAAGAGGAAGCCUAUAAAAACGUGAUUCAAGAAGUAGUGGACUUUGAGAAAUUGGAUGAACAUUCCUCAGCAUUUCAAGGCCAUGAUGUUGGAUUCUGUUGCCUGGGGACCACUAAAGCCAAAGCAGGCUCGGAGGGAUUUGUCCGUGUCGACCGGGAUUAUGUACUGAAGUCAGCAGAGUUAGCGAAAGCUGGAGGGUGCAAACAUUUCAACUUGCUGUCCUCAAAAGGAGCUAAUAAGAGGAGCAGUUUUUUGUAUCUACAAGUUAAGGGUGAAGUGGAAGCCAAAAUUGAAGAAUUGAACUUCGAUCGCUACACAAUAUUUAGACCUGCUGUCCUGCUAUGUGACAGACAAGAAUCCCGCCCAGGGGAAUGGCUGGCCAGAAAAUUCCUAAGUUCCAUGCCGAAUGUGUUGGCGGAUGGCUAUUCAGUGCCUGUGCUGACUGUAGUCAGAGCGAUGCUUAACAAUCUGGUACUCAAGAGUGACAAGAAGGUGGAGCUGCUAGAGAACAAAGCAAUCCAUAACCUUGGGAAAACAGACCCAACUGCCUAGUCACGAUCAUAUUGAAUAGAAAGCAAUUCAGCAUUUAUUAAAUCUUGCUGUACUAUUCAAAUAACCCGACAAGGUUUAUGAGAGCUACAGAAUAUUUGUUUCGGGAUUAAAGCUUGUUUACAUGUACUUCCAUAAAGGCUAUAUCAUAUGAAGAUCAUUAAUUAACUUAGUAUCUAUAUUACUGCUUUAUUAUUGUAAUUAAAAAAGGGCUAUUACAAGGACA